UCUAAAUUCUAGAAAUAGAUUUAGGUUUAAUAUUCACUUAGAGUAUCGAAUCUUAAUGCUAUUGUAUUGAUUGACGAUCCGAGACAUCGGAGGUUAAUAGAUGCAAUAGAUAUCUCGGCGUUAUCUGAACACAGAAACGUUCGACGAGCUAUACGUGAUAAUAUUGAUAGAUGACUAAAACCUGUGUAACUGAUUAGGGGAAUAUGCAUGAAUGAGUAAUUGAAAUCUAAUCCCAACAAUUUAAUCUCUCUGUCAAAUUAAUCAUCUUUACUACUUUCAUGUAUUCGCAACUUUCGUAAUCAACCAAUCUUUGAAAUCCUUUACUUGAAAUUAUAUUAAUCGUUGAACGGCAUCGAUAUCGCAUCAGUCCCUGUGGAGACGAUAAAAACAUACUUACUUUUGUAUUUUAACAAAAUGGCGCCGUUGCCGGGGACUGGCGUUUAGAUAUUGGAGCAUUUCAACAAUUUGUAUUCUUUUAAGUAUUUGUAUAUAUUUGUUUAUAUUGUAUAGUUUUUCUUGCACUAAUCCUUCUUUGUUAGACAAAGAAAGUUGUUUUUCUUGUUUGUUGAAUCCUUUUUCAGAUUCCCCAUUAAAAGUUAAACCAUGACUGAUCGUGGUUAUUAUAACUUCUAUACUCCGGGUGAGUAUGAAUCAUAUCAACAGUUUCCUCCUUAUAGUUAUGGGCAAACUUCAGAGGCUAGAUUGGAGGAGACCAUGAUUAAAUUCAUGGAAAUGCAGCAGCAACAAAACCAACAGUGGCAACAAAUGAAUGAACAAAUGCAACAGAUGCAAGACCAACACCGACAAUAUAUGAAAAACAGUCUUGCACGGGCCAAAAAUUUGGAAAAUCAGCUUGUUCAGUUGGCUAAACUGUUAGCCAAUAACAAUAAUCAAGGAGGAACAUUUCAAACCAACACACAAACCACUCCUGACGAGAAAGAUAAUAUUCUAAAUGAGGAAAGAAUGUUCGAAGGAUGUGGUGUAAAGAAAAUAGUGAAAGAAAUAGAUACACCGCAUGAAGUUGAACUUCCUCAAGAAUUGCCAUGUACGGAGGAAGCUAACACUGUUGAUAAGGAACAAGUGAUGAUGGUUGCGGAGGAAAAUGAAGGAUUAUUUAGCAAGGAAGAAUCAUGUGAACAAAAGAAGGAGAUGGAAAACAAGGCGAAGGUUGAUAGAGUCAUAGAUGAAAUUUGUGCCUUGUUUAAUAAAAAAGAAUUAGGGAGGAUAUGGACUCCGCAACAUUUAUAUCUAAAAUUCAUGGAGUUCCUCCCUAACCGAAGGAAAAAGACGGAUGAUGUGCUUUCCGUCUCAUUUUGGCCACCCUAACCAAAAAGGCGUCAAGCUAGUGACGUUAAAGAAGCGCUUGUUGGGAGGCAACCCAAUUUUCUAUCCUUACUAUUUAAUUCUGCAAUUUAUCAUUUUAGAAUAUUUAGGCAUGUUUUGAAAGGUUGCUAAUGAGUCAAAACUGAACCAUUUUAUCAAAUGAAAACAUUCUGCAAUUUCUGCCUGUUUUUCUGUGGAAUUCGCUGAGCGAAUCUUUUCUCGCUAAGCGAAUUGUUCAAGAUCAUUUUUUUUUUUGUUACGAUAAAACACUCUCAUGCUUUGUUCAUUAAAAUUCCCAACCUCUCAUCCCACAAAUCUCUCUCUCUCUAUGCGUUUUCAACCUCUGAACCCACACAACUCAAAGAAAUUCUUCACUUUUCCAUCAUUCAAAUCACUAUAGCACACAAAUUAAUCACUUAAUUUCUUUGGCACUCAAGUUUCAAAAUUGAAAAGGGUCAAUUUUUCCACAUUCAUUUUUGAAUCAAGAAGAGGUACGAAAUUUCUGUCUCAAUCUUCCUUUAAUUUUGAGUUUACAGGAUCUCCUUUUCUGUUUCUAAUGUUCAAUUUUGCAAAUUUCUUUGUUGAGUAGAAAAGGAAUGAAAUUUAGGGUAUUGGAUGUGAAUUAGGGAUUUAUGAGACAAUCACUAGAUUCAAAUAACCAUAACAGUGAGUUGGUACUUAUGAGUAAUUAGGGGUUGUAGAAUAGUGUUGAGUUAAUCUCUCUUUGAAUUAGAACUUCAUGGAUUUAAUGUUGAUUGAAUUCGAAUCAAUUAUGUGGAACAUAAUGAUUUUGUUGAUAAAUUUGAUUUUACUUGGUUCUGGACCUUCUUGUGCAUUUUACUGUGAUUUGAUACUUGACUAUCAUGUUGGUGGCUAUGAGCAUGUUUCUAUUGUUGGGAUUGAAAAAGUCUUAAAUCUUUGUGCAUUCAUAAGAAUACUCUCAUGCUUAAGAUGUUGAAUUGUUUUUAGUUCCAGUUCUGUUCAGUUACAAUUGUUUCAGAUAUGACACUUAGAGAAAAACUCAAGAAGCUGCACAAAUGGCAUGGCCUAUGGAAAGGCCAUUUUACUCAGAGGAGGUGAGAAGCUGCUGUUGGUACUAAGGAAGUGAAGAAGAUCCAGACAACUGACAAGAGAAAGAUAGACCGAGAAAGCUCUCCAAAACUCUGUGAAGUUUAUUUUAAAUAGCUUUCGGUUAAAUUUAUGCUUUAUCUUAAUUUAUAUUUCUCUUGUGGUCUGAACAACAUGUUGAUGGUUGAUUGAAAAAAUGGUUCAAAAUUUUGAUUUUUGAAUAUCAUGUGCAUAUGAAUUGAAAUGUCUAGGUUUGUGAUUAAUCAAAUUCAAAUGCAUGAUUAGAAUAAUUUUUCAAUUGCUUUAGUUGAGGUCAAAUAUUUGUGAUUAUCUUUGAAUGUUAGGAUGAAUUUGAACCAAGUAGCUUUAUUCAAUUUGAUUUCAUUUUGUUAAAAUACAAAAGUAAGUAUGUUUUUAUCGUCUCCACAGGGACUGAUGCGAUAUCGAUGCCGUUCAACGAUUAAUAUAAUUUCAAGUAAAGGAUUUCAAAGAUUGGUUGAUUACGAAAGUUGCGAAUACAUGAAAGUAGUAAAGAUGAUUAAUUUGACAGAGAGAUUAAAUUGUUGGGAUUAGAUUUCAAUUACUCAUUCAUGCAUAUUCCCCUAAUCAGUUACACAGGUUUUAGUCAUCUAUCAAUAUUAUCACGUAUAGCUCGUCGAACGUUUCUGUGUUCAGAUAACGCCGAGAUAUCUAUUGCAUCUAUUAACCUCCGAUGUCUCGGAUCGUCAAUCAAUACAAUAGCAUUAAGAUUCGAUACUCUAAGUGAAUAUUAAACCUAAAUCUAUUUCUAGAAUUUAGAGUUCAAUAGAUAUUAUCCUAGUUCUUAGAUUCAAAAGGUAUAUGUCUAUAACAAUUCAAAUCAAAGAUUAAAACAAUAAAAACAAAGAUAACAUCAAUAUUGAGAGACAACUAAAACCAUAUAUAAAACCAUGAUCAAUAGAAAUACAUACUAAUAGAGUAAUUUACACCUAAUCCCAACAAAAGUGUCUUUAGCUACUCAUUACCAUGGUAGCUUUACACAAGUGAGAAGAAAAGAAAUGAAAUAACAACACCGGUGUCGAUUUCUCGAACGGUUGGCGUGCAUCCCACCUUUGCCUUGCUCUUGUUUCUUCCGUGCUUCAGUCCUCCCUGUUUCUUUAGUUUGGGCGUGU